GGGAGAGCGAGGGUCAUCUGGGUAGCUGCACCAUGGUUAGCAAGACGUUGCUCUCCACAGAUGUGGAGAAGCAGUGGGCAAAGAAUGUAGUGACCCAUGAUGAUGUGCAUGUUGACUUCACUUGGAAAGAGUGGGCUUUGCUGGAUCCUUCCCAGAAGAGUCUCUACAAAGAUGUGAUGCUGGAGACCUAUAGGAACCUCACUGCUAUAGGCUACAAAUGGGAAGAUCAUAAUAUUGAAGAGCAUUAUCAAAGUUCUAGAAGACGUAGAAGGGCACAUUAA